GUAAAGUGAAAUUAUUGAAAAUAAAUGAAAAAUGUUUGUGAAAGACUUUAAAAAAGAUUUUUACGAUGUUAUCCUUCAUCAGAGAGUUUUGAUUUUAGUUUCCUUUGAUGUAGAUGCCUUAUGUGCUUGUAAAAUUCUUCAGUAUUUAUUUCAAUGUGAUCAAGUAUUAUACACUAUUAUACCAGUUACUGGCAAAUCAGAGUUAGAAAGAGCUUAUAUAGAAAACUCAGAAGGGAUUAAACAUGUGGUGUUGAUAAACUGUGGAGGGGGUGUAGAUUUAGUAGAAUUACUACAGCCAGAGGAACCUGUUAAAUUUUAUAUCUGUGAUAGCCAUCGUCCCAUUGAUAUCCAUAAUAUCUAUAAUGCUGUUCAGAUUAAACUAUUAAUCAAACAGGAAGAAUUAACAGAUGUACCAGAAUAUGAUGUUGUUUUCAGAGAUGAUGAGUCUGAUGAUGAUUCUGGUAAUGAUAGUGAUACGUCAGAGAGAUCUGGUAAACGACGAAGAUUUGAUGAUGAGGCUAUCGAGAAACGACGAGAAAAACGUCUUUGGGUUGAAAACAGAAAUAAAGUUUUAUUCGACUAUGAUAAAUUUACAGCCUUUGGUACUUCAGCAUCUCUGAUAAUGUUUGAAUUGGCAUGGAAAAUGUCUAAUGACACCAAUGAUUUACUAUGGUUAGGUAUAAUUGGAGUUACGGAUCAGUUUGUUCACUUCCGAACACCUCGAGAUAAAUAUAUAGAAGAUGUCAUGGCUUUACAGUCUCAUGUUUUACGUCAUAAUCAUAGAGGAGAAAAUGAAGAGAAUCUACUAUCAGUGAAUUGUUUAAGAUUAGUGUUUGAUGAUGAACUACAGCUAACUCUGUAUCGACACUGGUCUCUGUUUGAAUCACUAUGUCACUCAAUUAGUACUGCCUGUAAGUUUAAAGUUUGGACGUUGAAAGGACAGAAGAGAUUGUAUGAAUUCCUGGCUGAAAUGGGAUUACCUCUAACUCAAUGUAAACAGAAGUAUACAGCCAUGGAUACGAAUUUAAAGGGCAGUAUUAAACCACUGAUACAAGAACACAUGACCAAAUAUGGAAAUAAUGUGUCAACAUUAGAGAAAGCUUUAGAGAUAGCCAAGAAACAGUUGGUAGCUGUAGUCAAUCAGGUUCAGACAUUUCUAGACAUGCAUCAGGUCAUUUCAGCUGGUCCUUUUCUUUAUAGUUUUAUACAGGAGGGUAUUGGAGAUGUAAAAUAUUUCUCUAGACCACAAUGUUUGACACGACUGGCUAGAUUUACUCUAGAGGCUCACUGUUCAGUAAGCAGAAGUAAGAAAGCUAAAUCCUUACCACUAGUAUUAGGAGCCCCGCUAGACCUUGAACAGGGCACUAUUUUAAUUAUUGGUAUUCCUCCAUUGGAACUUGAUGAUGAGAGAAAAAAUUUUUUUGGUAAAGCGUUUGAACAAGCAGCAUUAAAUACCAGUUCUAGAACAUUACAUGAUCAUUUUGACUCCCACAUGAUGGAAAUGAAAACAGAAGACAGAAGUAAAUUUUUUGAUGCUUUGAUAAAUUUGAUGCAGUAAACAAGAUGAAGGGAAAACACACUUACUAAAAAUAACCCCUCAAGCUUUGGACAAAGAUUACAGCUAAAACAUGAUAACUGUCACUUUUUAAAAAUAUUUAUUAAUAUUCUACAAGAUACAAGUACAUGUACAAUAUUGCCCAUGGAGUCUAUUUUCAUUGGCUCUCAUGCCAUAGUGAUCACCAGUUGCGAUCGAUAGGUACUCAUGACCACUAUCAUUAUUUACAACCAUACAGCAACUGAUAUAGAUUAGUCCUAAAGUUAAUCUGGUGGAGAUCUGAAGGCUCAGAAUUCAUAUAAAAACAUCAAAAGUUAGCCCUCACUGCUAUGUAUAUAAUCAUAUGUAAAUUAUAUGUAAAUAUAUUCAUAAAUAUUGUAAAUAAAGGUUUUUGUAUCC